AGCGAAUGUUUUCAUUGGUUCUCGCAAUCGACCCGGCAUGUGUGUAAUCGUCCUGUUCGAACAACACUCGGAAAACGAUGAAUCCUUGUGAGUAUCUGUAAAUCCUUGUGACCAGUGUGCGACGAGAGUUACCUUUCGCCAAGGCUUUACCACGAGGUAAACCCAAACGGAAUUCUACAGAAAGGCAUCACACCAAAACAACAAACAGCUCCACCGAUGGCAAACUGUUUGCGACGAAGCAUUUCCACUCGGUUUGCACCGACAACGAUCGGAAGGAUUUUCACAAUCCGGCGAACGAUUGCAUCAGCCGAUGCCCGGACGGUUCCCACAUGCGGCAGCCAACCGGACAGUCGGUGGAACAACUCGCCCGUUCAAAUCACCGGAAAUUGGCACAUAUCGGAACUUAAAACGCCUAUCGCUGCGAAUAGGACGGAUAUUUAUUCAUUCACCCAACCAGAUCCUCAAACGACUCCCUCGAAUCAGUUUCAAACAAACCAAAGUCCGGAAGCAGCAAAGGAUUCAUCCGGUUCCCAGGACAGUGCCCAGCAACCGUCAGAAGCGCAGCUGCAACGGGUGUUUGACGUUUUGGCAAGUACCCUUCCCAACCUAUUUCUUCAACCGUUGGACUAUUCCAUCUACCAUCCGAACCUGAUCUUCGAAAAUAACAUCCGAGGCAUACGAACCGAAGGUUUGUAUCACUACGUAAAGCAGAUCGCGUUGCUACGCACGGUGGGACAUUUGAAGUAUGCCUACGUGAAGCUGGAGGUAUUGAAAAUCACCAAACACCCGGAGGACAACACCGUCAAGGUGCGAUGGCGAGUGAGGGGCAUCAGUGCGUUUAAGGUUAUGUUCCAGUUCUGGAAGUACAAGCUCUGGAAGCUGAAGGAAAUUCUGCAGGACACAGAAUCCUGGUACGAUGGUUUUUCGGUGUUUCACGUCGGUUCCGAUGGACAGAUUUAUAAACACGUAGCCGAUAAGAUCAUGCCGGAUGACGACAAGGUGGUGGUUUCUCCGAAAACCGUCGUAUCACCUAAACUAGCCUUGUUCUUGGGUCUAACGGCCGAGAUUAGUCCCAUCGUGGGUUGUAUUAAUUGAUAGCAGUAGUUUUGUGUUUCGUUUUUUUUCUCCUGUUUAUGCCGCUGCAAGAAACACACACUCACACACACGUCGGGUGGUUUUCGUGCGACCCCUCCCGUUAACCAUCCGCCAUGACGGAAACGAGGGACAACCGAACCGGCCCGUCCGGAGAUGAUUGAUUAGUGAAUAAAACCGAUACAGUUGCAUUCUUAAAUGCAUGCUUUGAACAUUCGAA